AGUAUACUGUGCCAUUUGUAUUUCUUCAGUGAUCUUUUUCCUUAGGUUUGAUAGUUCCUUUUGGCCUGCCUUUUGCCUGUGUUAAAACUGAUUUGCUGAGUUUUAUUUUAUUUUUAUUUAUUACUAUUAUUGCAUGGUGUGUGAGUGCAGGCAUGCACGUGCUUGCUGCAGUGCUAUUCUCUCUUGGCACGGUGAAUCUAGGGAUACAGGUCAGCUCAUGGGCCUGCAUGGCCAGGACCGUCACAUUCUGAGCUACAGCACUUGCCCAAAUUGCUACAUUUUUCUUACCAACUAUAAUUGGUUUAUCUGAAAUGAGAUCCUGAGCAUAUUAUAUACAAAAAUUAAGCUUAACGGGGCAUGGUGGCGCACGCCUGUAAUCCCAGCACUCUAGGAGGCAAAGGCAGGCAGAUCUUUGUGAGUUCAAGGACAGCCAAGGCUACACAGAGAAACCCUGUCUCAAAAAGCCAAAACCAAAACAAACAACAAAAAUUAAGCUUGAGUAACAGUAAGACCCCAAAACCUAGAAGGACAUUUGUGAUUUUGUGAGCUGUUUUCUCCUUUCAAGUUACGUUCUGACAGUGGAGUGAAGUCCUACUGGUUACGCAGGCAUUUUGUUAAGCGCGGGGGAAAGAUCACUGCUCUCCCUCCAAGAGCACACACAGUGACAGUGUGCUGCCCUCGUGUUCUUAGGAAAUACAUGUGUUUAGCUUGGUGGAGCGCUUGCAUUAAGAAAACUGCCUGUGCUGCUGUGUCUCCAUUUCCUGUAGUCUGUGCUGUGGAGUGUGGCACUCCCUGUCUGCGCGGACAUGGCAGCUGAAGUGCGAAUGGCACUUUACGAGGACGACUCCGUCCAAGUGCAGUAUGCCGACGGCUCCAAACUGCAGCUCUCCCCUUGUGGCUCUGAAUUUCUCUUUGAAAAGGCCCCUCCUCUUUCAACACAUCCUUUACAACAACCAGAGAGAAUUCGUCAACGGACACACUUUGUUAUUAGCACCUACCGAGAGCAAGUACAGCGAGCCGUAGAUUUCCGGAACUCUUCAGCUGCAUGCCCAUUUUUAUCAGAGAGCAUCAUACCUUCAGAAAGAAAACAGCAUAUCUUCAUUGAUUUCUCAGAAGUGAAAUGGCCCAGUCUUGAUAGCGACAACAGUGCCACAUAUUCCGAGAGUGGCGCAGUGAAGAUCACAUCACUGGAUGGACACGCAUACCUUUGCCUGCCCAGAUCUCAGCAUGAGUUUACAGUACACUUCUUGUGUAAAGUGAGUCAGAAGGCAGACUCGUGUGUAGUACUGCUGGGCACAAAUAGCCAGGCCCCAGAAGAUAAGCUGGUUGGAAAGAACAGCAAAGUCUGCAGAUGUGCAAGUUUAUCUGGACAAAGUUCAAAGAAUAAAGAAAAUGAACCUCGUUACCAGAUCUUGAAAUCUAACGACGCUUCAGCGAACAUAUGUUCCGUGAAUGGGACUGAGGAGAGGGAGGGGCCGCCUUCCCCGGGCACAGAGCACAGAUGCGUGUACACGUGGGUGAAGCAGUGUUGCUCUGUUGCCUCCUGUCCAGAGCAGUGGAGACACCCUUUGUCUUUAGCACUUCGUUCUUGUAACAAAGUUAGUGUUUCGUCUGACACUGACGCAGAUUCCCCUGCAAGUUGCUCUGCAACUUCUGACGACCCCGAAGAAAGAGGAGAGGUCUCUGUCCUUCCCAGGGCCUUGCCACUCAGCUGCCCUGCCCCACACAUGCACAGAUGGAACUUCUGUGAUUCACUUUUCCAGAGACAGUCUGAUGAAGAAGAGUACUCCUACCCUGAGCUUGUGAAGGUGGUGUGGUGUGAGGGGGUCACGUACAGGCUUACCCAUAAAAGUGUAAACUCAAUAGAGAUUUAUCCUGGAGAUGGAUCAGUUUUCAAGUCAGAAGGGGCUUAUUUUGGUAACUAUUUCACAUAUUAUUCAAGUCAAGAAGAGUCUAAAAAGAGAGAAGAGAAAACUUACUCUGUAAAUAACCUCCCUCCAGACAGGCCAGGAAGUCUCUUCUCUGUACGUUCUCUGAUUAAACAGGCAACCCGAAUUCUUCAGCAUUGUGCCAAGACAAGGCUUUCACUAAGCCACAACUACCGUGCAUGCUGCUGGAAAAUGGUACCUGGAGUAAACGUUAGCAAUAUUCUGCCCGUGCUUCUGAAAGAAUCAGUCGUCCCCAGUGUGGGGAGGUUUCUUGCCUACUCUGAUGACAAAGUUCAUGCUGUCUUUUUAGAUGGCGUCACCCUAACACUGAAUUGGGAUUUCAGCGCCUCUGCUGAAAAAAGACAAGUUGAUCAAGGUCUCAACUUAGGUUGGUGCAGAUUAACUUUUCCAGAUGGACAGGAUCAGUUAAUUCAAACUGAGCACCCUGGAGUAUAUGAAAGAUAUGUGACAUCAGUAAUAUCAUGGUGCAGAAGACUGACCCAGACUAGUCCAAGACCAGUGGCCACACAUCUGUCACCUGUUCUCAACGAAAAGUGGUCUGUUGCUUCUGAGCUUGAGAAAAUACAGAAGUUUAACUGGAUGCUGGAAAACAGUGGUAUCCUCAACCUGCCUUCUAGCAAGAAAAGUGAGCAGUGUUCUGAUGACUGCAAGCCAGGCUCUUCAGAAACCUUGCUAGGAGCAGCUAAUGAGGAGGGUGUGUCGGCAGCGUUGAGAAGAACGUCCAGAAUUCUUCAGGAUAUUGACUAUCUUCUUUCAAACUCUAGAAAGUGAAAAAUAGAACUUAAGAAAGUUUCAGAUUACUAGUCUGAAAUGGCUAGUCACCCAGGAAUUUGCAGAUGUUAUUUCUGCAGGACUGAUUUGAUUGUAUUUUGCCUAACUUGUAAAUUUGUGUGUGUGUGUGU